AUGCUCUCCCUGGCUCUGCUGAGCUCCCCGACAAAGAUUGGCCUUGGACUCUUGUUGUCCUAUUCGUCGUAUGCGGUGUUUGUCUCCAUAAGGACGAAUUCAGAGAUCUCUAAAAGGGCCAAAGCUGAGCAGCUUCGUCUACAGUCAACAACACCAUCCGAGGGAGAUAACGAGCCUGUGUGCUUGAGCCAUAACCAUGACCAAUAUUCCUCGCUUACAGUUGCUGGAAGAUUUGAGAAUCCAUUUGAUGAGUACAGGUCCUUAACACUGUUCGAGUUCUUCCUGUCAAGGAUACUGGAACUGUUUGAAGGACGUGGACGUGGAGGUGUUCCGCAUGGCUCAGAGCUUCGGAAGCUGUUACCAGUUCAUACACCAGAUAUGGAACUAAUACACCAUCCAACGUUAGAGGAUCCUGAGUUGCCACAGCCCGAUGAAAGAAUGACAUUCACAUGGCUCGGUCAGAGCUGUGCGUUUGUCCAGCUGUCAGGCUUGAAUAUCCUUACAGAUCCUCUGUUCAGCAAUUAUCUCGUUAACAGAUACCUCGGACCAAAGCGAAUCACUCCAUCUGCUUGUCAGUUAAGAGAUCUUCCCACACCAAAGUACGUGCUGGUCUCACAUAAUCACCCGGAUCAUUUGGAUCUGGAAGCUGCUGAUGAGAUUAUGAACAAAUCAACCUGGAUCGUCCCGUUAGGUAUUAGAAAGACUUUAGCUAAAAGAGGCAUAUACAAUACGAUCGAAAUGGACUGGUGGGAUAGAGUGAAAUUGGAUGUUGCUGAAGAUCCAGAUAAUGUGUACGAGGUUGCAUGUACCCCAGCGAUGCACUGGUCUGGAAGAAGCUUGGUCGAUUCUAAUCAUACGCUAUGGUGUUCGUUUGUCGUUCUGAAGAAUGGCAAACCUCUUCUGUUCCAUGCUGGUGAUACCGGCUAUACAGAUGGCGUGUUUAAGAAGAUCUCGGAGACGUAUGGUCCAGGAAUGAAGUUAGCAAUGUUGCCAAUGGGACAGUAUUGUCCACAAUGGCAUCAGAAACCACGCCAUAUAAACCCUGAGGAAUGUGUGAAGAUUAUGGAGGAUCUCAAGGCCAAGAAGAUGGUUGGAAUUCAUUGGGGAACUUUUGUUCUCAGUAGUGAACACUUUCUUGAACCAAAGCUCAAGCUGGAGCAGAUUGCUUCACAGUAUAACAAAGAGAACGAUUACUUAGUUCCAAGAUUUGGACAGACAAUGGUGUUUGACUUACGAGAUGACGACAAAGCACCAUCAGAGGUACACACGGUAAGAGACGGUAAGAGUGUACUGGUUAAAUGA